AUGCAGGACCUGGGUCUAGAUGCGUACAGAUUCUCCAUCUCAUGGCCGUGGCUUAUCCCAGAUGGAAGAGGAGAAAUGAAUCUGAAGGGCUUGGAGUACUACAACAACUUGAUAGAUGAACUGAUACAACAUGGCAUACAACCUCAUGUCACCAUCUACCAUUUCGAUCUCCCUCAGUCCCUUCAGGAUGAGUACAACGGGCUGCUCAGCCCCAGAUUCAUAGACGAUUAUACCAUGUACGUGGACACCUGCUUCAAAAGCUUUGGGGACAGGGUGAAGCACUGGGUCACCAUUAACAAGCCCAAUGUCGAAACUCUAGGUGGCUUUGACAGCGGCACUUGGCCACCGCAGUGUUGUUCUCAUCCUUUCGGCAGAAACUGUACCGGAGGGAACUCCAUGACGGAGCCGUAUAUAGCUGCUCACCACCUCCUCCUAGCACAUGCGUCGACGGUGUCCCUGUAUAGAAACAAGUACCAAGCAAGUCAAAAGGGGCAUAUAGGAAUUACUAUCUUGACCGGGUGGUAUGCUCUUGCUACCAAUGCAUCCCAGGAUGUUGUUGCUGCAAUAAGGAUGAAUGACUUUCACAUUGGAUGGUUCAUGCAUCCUUUGGUGUAUCGGGACUACCCACCGGUAAUGAAAAUAAGGGUUGGUGCACGGUUGCCGAAUGUGACGGUGGAGCAGUCGAAGAAACUCUCCAGGUCAUUCGACUUCAUCGGCUUGAACCACUAUGCUAUUUUUCCCAUGGUGGCCGACGGGACCGCCUUCAAUCUGAAGCAGAGGGACUACUUCGCCGACAGAGGAGUUGCAAAUCCAACGAAAUACAUCCUAGAGGGCCAGAAUGAGUAUGCUCCUUGGGCUCUAGGGGAGCAGUUGGAGCACGUAAAACUCAAGUAUGGAAACCCUGCAAUCAUUAUCCAUGAAAGUGGAUAG